UUAUGAAGAUACAAUUUUUUCUAGCAAAAACUUAUAAAUUAACAUAGAAACUUAUUUAUUUACGUAAGUUCAAAAAUAAGUUAAUCCAAACAUGCGAAAAGCAUAAGGAAUAAUAUUAGUAAUAUACGGUGCAAACUAAGACAAAAGACAACACAACACACAACACACAAAUUUGAACCAAAAAAGAGCAAUAUGCAUCAUUCAUUGCAUGUGGUUCUCUACCUCUGCAUACCAAAACACCCUUUUCCCUUCAUUACAUAAGAUAAGCCAUGUUGAUCAUAAUUUCCAUGUAACAUUCAACAAACACACUCCUAGAAUGAGUACUUGUGUCUAAGAAAACAAUACAAGUUUUAUUUAAACAAAGGUUGUGUGAUCAAUGGCUGGUAAUGAGUGGAUUAAUGGAUACCUUGAGGCUAUACUAUCAACCGGUGGUGGUGCUUCAACCACCGUCGAAGAGCAACAAAGGGUUGCGGCCGCUGCAAGAGAAAGUGGUGAUCAUUUCAAUCCAACAAAGUAUUUUGUUGAAGAAGUGGUUAGUGCUGUUGAUGAGUCUGAUCUUCAUCGUACUUGGCUCAAAGUUGUUGCCACUCGUAAUACAAGAGAACGUAGCUCGAGGCUUGAGAAUAUGUGUUGGCGUAUUUGGCAUCUCGCUCGCAAGAAGAAACAGGUGGAAGGGGAAGAAGUGCAGAGAUUAGCAUACAGAAGAUGGGAAAGGGAACAAGGACGUAGGGAUGCAACUGAGGAUUUGUCUGAAGAGUUGUCAGAAGGAGAAAAGGGAGAUGGCAUUGGGGAGAUUAUACAAAUUGAGACUCAACAGAAAAAAAUGCAGAGACAUGCUUCUAGCUUGGAAAUAUGGUCUGAUGACAAAAAGGAAAAGAAACUUUAUAUUAUCCUCUUAAGUUUGCAUGGAUUGGUUCGAGGAGAAAACAUGGAGCUUGGUCGAGAUUCUGAUACUGGUGGACAGAUUAAAUAUGUGGUAGAACUUGCUCGUGCACUUGCGAAAUUGCCAGGAGUAUAUAGAGUAGAUCUUUUCACACGCCAAAUAUCGUCUCCUGAAAUUGAUUGGAGCUAUGGAGAACCUACAGAAAUGCUAUCUGCAAGUCCAGAUGAAGAUGGUGAUGAUAACACUGGAGAGAGCAGUGGUGCAUAUAUCAUAAGAAUACCCUUUGGUCCGCGUGAUAAAUAUCUCGAGAAAGAACUUCUUUGGCCACAUAUUCAAGAAUUUGUAGAUGGAGCCUUAGCUCACAUUCUUAACAUGUCGAAAGUAUUGGGUGAACAAGUCGGUGGUGGACAACCUGUGUGGCCUUAUGUGAUUCAUGGACACUAUGCCGAUGCUGGCGACAGUGCUGCUCUUCUUUCAGGUGCUUUGAAUGUUCCUAUGGUGCUAACUGGUCAUUCACUUGGAAGAAACAAACUUGAACAGCUUCUUAAGCAAGGUCGCCAAUCGUGGGAGGAUAUCAAUUCGACGUAUAAGAUAAUGAGGAGGAUUGAAGCUGAAGAGCUUUCUUUGGAUGCUGCAGAACUUGUCAUCACUAGUACUAGACAAGAAAUUGAUGAACAAUGGGGACUUUAUGAUGGAUUUGAUGUCAAGCUUGAGAAAGUUUUGCGCGCUCGUGAUAGGCGCGGUGUCAAUUGUCAUGGUCGAUAUAUGCCAAGAAUGGCGGUUAUUCCUCCUGGUAUGGACUUUAGCAAUGUUGUGAUACAAGAAGAUGGCCCUGAAGUUGACGGGGAUCUCUCGCAGCUUACUGGUGGUCCCGAUGGAUCUUCACCGAAAGCUUUACCUGCAAUCUGGUUAGAAGUGAUGCGUUUCUUCACAAAUCCUCACAAGCCUAUGAUAUUAGCUUUAUCAAGGCCAGAUCCAAAGAAGAACAUAACAACUCUCUUAAAGGCUUUUGGAGAAUGCCGUUCCUUAAGAAAACUAGCUAAUCUUACUCUUAUAAUGGGAAACCGAGAUGACAUAGAAGAGAUGUCUUCUGGGAGUGGUAGUGUUCUCACAACUGUGUUGAAAUUGAUUGACAAGUAUGACUUAUAUGGCCAUGUCGCGUACCCUAAACAUCACAGACAAUCUGAUGUACCUGAGAUAUAUCGAUUUGCUGCUAAAACAAAGGGAGUUUUCGUAAAUCCUGCUUUAGUCGAACCUUUUGGUCUUACUUUAAUUGAGGCAGCGGCACACGGGCUACCAAUGGUGGCCACUAAAAAUGGCGGACCGGUGGACAUUAAUCGGGUUCUCAACAAUGGUUUGCUUGUGGACCCUCAUGAUCAUCAAGCAAUUGCUGAUGCAUUACUAAAAUUGCUGUCAGAGAAAAACUUAUGGCAUGAGUGUAGAAAAAAUGGUUGGAAGAACAUCCACCUUUUCUCAUGGCCUGAGCACUGCCGAACUUAUUUGACACGCGUGAAUGCAUGUCGAAUGAGGCAUCCACAAUGGCAAGAUAAUGCUCCAGAAGACGAUGUAGAUGUUGAGGAGUCUUUUAAUGAUUCACUUAAGGAUGUUCAAGACAUGUCCCUUAGGCUCUCAAUUGACGGCGAAUUUGUUGCAGGCGGCGGUAGUAACGAAGAUCAAGUGAAACGCCUUUUAAGCAGGAUAAGAAAGCAAGAUUCUGGUUCAAAUAAUGACAACUUGUUGCUUGAUAAUUUACCAAGCAAAUAUCCUCUAUUAAGGAGAAGGCGCAGGUUGAUUGUUAUAGCACUCGAUUCCUAUGACAGUAAUGGUUUUCCUGAUAAGAAGUUGAUCGAGGUAGUGCAAAGGAUAGUUAAAGCUGUUCAAUUAGACCCUCAAACUGCACGAGUUUCGGGAUUUGCUUUGUCAACUGCUAUGACAAUGCAAGAAACAACGGAGUUUCUAACAUCAGGAAAUAUUCAAGCAAAUGAGUUUGAUGCUAUAAUUUGUAGUAGUGGGAGUGAAGUUUAUUACCCUGGUGUUCAUACAGAAGAUGGGAAGCUUUCGCCUGAUCAAGAUUAUGCGGUACAUAUAGAUUAUCGUUGGGGUGUAGAAGGUCUAAAGAGUACAAUUGGUAAACUUAUGAAUGCCUCUGGUGGUGAAGAAAAACAUGAAAAAACUAGUCCUAUUGAGGAAGAUUUGAAAUCAAGCAAUGCACAUUGCAUCUCGUACAAAAUAAAUGAUCUUAGUAAGGCAAGGAAAGUUGAUGACUUGAGGCAAAAGCUUAGAAUGCGAGGUCUACGCUGUCAUCCUAUGUACUGCAGAAGCUCAACUAGAAUGCAUGUCAUUCCCCUUCUUGCAUCUAGAGCUCAGGCACUAAGGUAUCUUUUCGUGCGUUGGAGAUUGAAUGUUGCAAACAUGUAUGUCAUCCUUGGAGAAACAGGAGACACUGAUUAUGAGGAAAUGAUUUCUGGGACACACAAGACUAUAAUCAUGAAGGGUGUUGUGUCUAAGGGUUCAGAAGAAUUGCUUAGAGGUCCAGGAAGCUAUCAAAGAGAUGAUGUUGUCCCAAAUGAGAGUCCUCUUGUUGCAUACAUUAGUGAAACAUCAGAGGAAAGUAUUGCCAAUGCUUUGAAACAACUUUCAAUAUCUGGAGGAAAUUGAUAUGCUAAAGUAUAGAUGUAAUUUUAUAUCUCUAUUGCAAACAAUACAUUUUCCUUCCUAAGUAUAGAAUGGAAAUUGAAUGUAAUUAUCUCUUACAAUUAUAUGCAUAAAUUGAAUCAAGUCAA